UGUACUAUGUUCCACCAGGGUGUCAGCAACAAGCCGGCCAUCCUCCCAUUUCAGCUGCUCAUCUUAAUGUCUCCAUUAACAGGAGACAGGAACACAGCUAAAAUAAAGUGAAAUGGAAGACGAGACAAUAAACGCCACAAGACUGCCUGAAGAACUGGUGGACGUGAAGGUGGAUGUACACUUUGAGGAUUUGCAUUGCAGUGAUGUAAAGCCUAUGAUUCAAGACAGGGAUCCCAAAAGAAUCAACAACAGUCUCAAGGUUAUGUUUGAGGAUGUUAUUGCAGAACCCCCCACUGUUCGAAGCUUUGAUAAAGUCUGGCUGUGGAGUCAUGCCCUGUUUGAGGUGUCCAGACUGUGGUGCUACCGCCUCAUCUCCCUCCUGCUGGCUCUGCCUGUGUCACUGGCAGCAGGGCUCCUAUUUGCUGUUUUGAGCUGCCUUCACAUCUGGCUGAUCAUGCCCUGUGUGCAGCUCACUCUCAUCAAUAUGCACUGGAUCCAGACUGUGUGGGCCAGCAUACUGAACAUAUUUGUCAGUCCUUUCUUUACCAGUCUCGGGAAGUGCUGUGGGAUCAGAAGUGAACUCAGACGACAGCGUCCAGAAAGGCUUUACCUCUCUGUCUCUGGCAAGACCCAGAACUUCACCCCCACCAUGGCGGAUCAGUACCAGUACAACGCCAAUGAGGAGAAGAUUGUGAAGGAUAGCCAUACCAAAGAGAUUGAUCUAAUUAACCGAGACCCCAAGCAGAUAAAUGAAGACGUGGUGAAGGUUGAGUUUGAGGAUGUCAUCGCCGAGCCGGAUGGUACGCACAGUCUGGAUGGCGUGUGGAAGCUCAGCUACACCACCUUCACCGUGUCCAAAUACUGGUGCUACCGUGUCCUGUCUGCUGUCUUUGGUAUUCCUGUCGCUCUGCUCUGGGGCUUCCUGUUUGCCUGCAUCUCGUUCUGCCACAUCUGGGCGGUGGUUCCCUGCAUCAAGAGCUGCCUGAUAGAGUCACAGUGCGUGAGCCGCAUUUACUCUCUCUGCAUUCAGACCUUCUGUGAUCCAUUCUUCGAAGCCCUUGGCAAGAUCUUCAGCAGUGUGCGUGUGGCAUUGCGCAAAGAAGUCUAA